CAAUAUUACAUUUACAACUCAUCUCUGUGUCUCUGUCACUGCAUUUAAAUUUCUGUCUUCUGGGUUCAUAUCAAGAAACAUGUUUCUACAGAAUCACUGUAAACAAUGUAUUAAAAGAAAUCGAUUCCCAAGAUAUCUCUCUCUCUUGUCCUGUUUAAAAUGUCUGGGUUUGUUCAAAACUCUGAAAAUCAGAGCUCCAUGAAAAACUGGAGGUUACGUGAAGAAGGGUUCUGCUGAUUCAGUAGCAUGGUUUUGUUUUGUUUUUUAUUUUCAAAAACGGAGUUUGCUGCUUCAGGGCUCUGCAGAAACACGUAUGGCAAAAACCAAGUGUGCCCCAUUUAUGACAAGUAAUGAUCUCUCAACGAUUUUGCUGUCCCGUGGAAAAGAAACCCCAACUUUUAUUUUAAAAUUAAAUAUGAGCUCCAAAUCUUGGACUUUCUCUCUCUCUAUUUCCUUCCCUCCCCGGCUCUGCUUUGAAACUUACCGCUACAGCUGCCACGAAGUCAAUGCACCGACUCCCUCUGCUUCUCUUUCGUUUUAGUGCUCUGUAACUUCACAUGGGGGUCGCAAUUCUCUGCAAAUUUGUGUCUUUUCCGCUUCGUUCUCUUCUGGGUUUCGUAAGUUUCCUCUGUUUUCGUCCUUUUCCUCUCUCAAUUUUGCUUCUUUGGUUAUGGUUUACGACAUAGAGGGGAAAUGGUGUAGAAUACUGUGUGUGUGAGAGAGAGUAGCUGUGUGGAGUUCAAUAAGCUUCUUCAGGGGAAGAUCAAACAAAGCCGUCCGAGCAUUAGCGUGUGUAGAAGGAUUCUUCAUGGAGAUAUUUUAAGGGAAAUUGUCUGGGACUGAGUGGAAUUCGAAUUCUUUACUUUUCAACUAGAAACUGACCCUGUCAAUGUAAUUUUUUUUUUCUGAGGGAGAAAAUGCCUCUGGAUGGUGUAAAAUCAGUGGUUUACAGAUCAUUUAUCACUUGUGAUGAUCCAAAAGGGGUGGUUGAUUGCAGUAUAAUCAGGAAAUCCAAAGUAAAUUCUCAGAGGAUGGAACAAAAGAUUAAAACCCAUAGGACUAGUAGAAAUCCAAACAAGGCUUUGGUAUCUAAGGUAGAGAAAGAGGAGCCGAUCACCAAAGGGAAGAGUAAGAGGUUUCAUAGCCAAUCUCCCCUUCCACUCGUGGAGGUCUACCGAGGAAACGAGAAGUUGAACCAGAUGUUUGAUUCAUGGUCUAAGGGGGUGAGAUCUGACAGGAAAUCCGAGGACAUUGCUGAGGAUUUGUUGGAAGGAACUUCAAGUUUAAAAGAGUCGCUGAUCAUGCUGGCCAAGUUGCAAGAAGCUUCGAACCAGUCGGUUCAGUUAAAGAUGAAGUACCAAAGAAGUGUUUCUUGUCAUCUUGAAGAACAAAGUUUUCCAGUUGAGGUUCAAAGAUCAAAGCUUUCAAGGUAUGGUUCUUCCACAGAUGGUGCUGAUGAGAUUAAAAAGGUGAUCAAAGACAGCCUAGUGAGGCGAGACGUGGCGUGUGAUGCAACAGUUGGUGAAAAAUCUUGUUUUCGUGAUAUAAAUUCCGACUCGAGGUUGGAAAUCACGUCGACUAGCUCCAGCCAGUCUUCGAUGGCUAAUGAUAAUGUGGACUGUUGCCAUGUUUCAACAUCUGUACAGAGGAAUUUGAAAGGUAGUAACCUAAUUGCUAAGCUUAUGGGGCUAGAAGAAAUUUCAUCAAGGCCAGAGCAAACCACUCUAAAGAAAGAGUUUGAGUUUACAAAGAUCUCUGGUUAUAGGAGAUCUCUGUUUCGCAUUGAUACGUUGAAUGCACCGAAGUCUAAAUCUGUCGUUGACAAGAAGGAUUCUGAAAAGGGAACCUUGAGAGAAAUACUUGAAACAAUGCCCUUCAAUAGGCUUACAGAAAGUGAUUCUGAUAUAGAGUUCAAGCUUCAUAACAACGGUUCCAAACAAAGGUUGAAAGAUGUACCACCAAUUGUGUUGAUAAAGCCCAUGCCUCUUCCAUCUAAUGAGUUGGAGGAACACCGAGCACGCGUCUCUCUGAAAGAGGAAGCUUUCAACCAAAAAGCUAUCCUAAGAAAAAUGAAAAAGAAAGAACUUUGUUGGUCAUUCGAUGACUCUGAUCUCCAUGGAGGAAUCUUGAGUUCAGAUAAAUUUCAUAGAAAGCAAGCGGCAGAACGGAUUCCACUCAAACAGAUUGCUCAGGAAGAAAGAAUCCCAAAACGUAAAGAAGAAGUUUGGAAAUUAAGAAAGGGUGACGUAGAUACUAAUAAAAAGGAUGCGGAGAAGUUGAAACCAUCUAGUAUAAUGCAUGAUAAGAAAGUCCUAACAUCAAAGAAAGUGACUGCAGCAACUAGAAAACCAGUGAAGAAGGAAUUUGUUGCAAAAGAAAAAGUUGUGUCAAGAUCACAGCAUCAAGAAAAAGUAACCUCCACUAAUCCAAGAAAGAAUAGAACUCAUAAAAAAUGUAGCUCCAUUUCAGAUUCUGUGUCGGGACGAGCAGUAAGAACGACGUCUAUUGAUUGUGACUGUCGGAAAAAGGAGAAACCAGUGCUUGCACGGUCAGAGGCUAAAUCACUUACCCGCAUUGUUGAAGCCAAAGAAGAUGAUAGGAGUACUGAUACAAAUGAAAAUGUCGAACUUCCAAAAAGUAAAAAUCGAAACACUAGUACCCUUAUGGCUUUAAUUACUAUGGAGGAGGAAACCGACGAAUGUGAUACAAAGAUUAUAGAAUGCUGCAAGGAGAGCCCAAACUCUCUCUCGCCGUUGAGCCCCAAACUCGAAAUAGACACGAGUACUGAAGAAGUUAUUGAUCUCCAUCUCAACACUCGGACAGAAACAGAUACCAAAAGCUGCAAUCAAGGAACCAAUCUGAAAGCAUUGUUUCUUAGAAGUUCCUCAUUCCUCAGUCAAGCAGAGGAGCUUUUUGAUCUCAAACUAAAUGGCAGAACAAUGCUGCAUACAUCUUGCUGCAAUGACCCCAAAACCCCCAAUGCAAAACAUCUUAUAGAUUGUGCAAUCGAACUCAUGAAACGUAAAUGCCAUCCCGACAUACAAGUAUGCAAUUCUUUAUUUCUAGGAUAUAGGAGCAAUACAAAGAUAGAAAUUUCUGUAGAAAAACUCGUCGAGGAAGUGUGCGACGACAUCGAUACUCUUACGAGUUAUCAAACAAUUCGUGGCAUAGACACUCUACAUGCAGUGCUAGAGAGAGAUGUAUGGUGUAAAGAAGUGAGUAAUGGAAUGUGGGAUUUGGGUUGGAAGAAUGGAUUCUCCAGAAGUGAAAGUGAAGAAGUUGUAAAUGACAUAGAGAAACUGAUUUUGAAUGGACUGAUUGAGGAGUCCUUCAUAUAAUAAAAAUCAGAACACUGUAUCUUCUGUUUUACAUAA